AUGACGGAUUUGAUGAACCAGUCUCAACACAUACAAAAGGUACUUGAAAAUUUCAAUUUUGAUCAAAUUGCAAGCAACCAAUUGUGGUUAAAGGCCUCAAUUGAUGUUGUCAAAGUGCUUGCAUUUCAAGGACUUGCUUUUAGAGGACAAGAUGAAAGUUCUGAUUUAAUUAAUCGUGGGAAUUUUCUUGAAAUAUUGGAUUUGGUGGUAUCAUAUAAUGAAUAUGUUGCAAAAGUGAUAGAGAAAGCUCCCAAAAAUGCCUCUUACAAAUCACCAAAAAUUCAAAAGGAAAUCUUACAUGUAUUUUCAAACAAGGUGAAGAAGGCAAUUUGUGAAGAAAUUGGUGAUGCAAAGUUUUGCCUAAUUGUUGAUGAAGCUCGUGAUGAGUCAAUGAAGGAGCAAAUGGCUUUUGUUAUAAGAUUUGUAGACAAAGAUGUUUGGAUAUUCAAGAUAUUUGAGGGCAAGGAUAUGAUGGUGCAAGCAAUAUGUGAGUGUCAAUCUCAAGACAUUUUAAAUGUGAUGAAUUUUGUUUCAUCCACUAAAACACUUAUUCAAAAAUUCAAAGAUGAAGAGGGGGAUAAUUUACUUACCACUGUGAAAUCAUUUUGUGAGGCACGUGACAUAGAUGUCCCAGAUAUGAAUGCUUGUUAUGUUGAGAAAGGAGGCCUAGCUUGUUAUCAACAAGAUGACUUCACAAUUGAGCAUCAUUAUCAGGUAGAAGUUGAUCAUUAUGAGUACAAUGUAGUUCGACAUCCAGACUUCAAGAAGCUAUCAAGUAUUUUUGAGUUGUGCCAAUGGUUGGUAAAAACCCGAAAAUCAUUAUUUUACCCAUAUAUUUAUAGAUUGAUUACACUUGUGCUUACUCUUCCAAUUUCUACUGCAACUACAGAGCGAGCAUUUUCAGCCAUGAAUAUUAUCAAGAAUAGGCUUCGCAACAAGAUGGAAGAUGAUUUUCUAAUGGACUCUAAGAUUUUGUACAUUGAGAAGGAGAUUGUUGCAAAAUUUGGUGCAGAAUCAAUCAUAGACGACUUUCGAGACUUAAAAGAGUGUCGAGUUUCAUUUUGA